GGGGCCAACAUCAUAGUUCCCCGUCCGUCUGCGUGACGGAGAGGGAGCGACGUCGUGUGCGUGCGCCUCGCUCUCUCGCGGUGAUGUUUGAAACGCUGACAAGCUUGCCAGCACUAUUACAACCUCGUUCCACCAAUCCGCUGGCAGUGCAAACCGACCGUCCACGACACAGACGUCCCUCUGUAUCGCGCCGCGCGACUUUCACAUGUUUUUCGAAUUUGACAGGUCAGUCGGGCCGUCAAACGUCGCAGUCCGCGGUCAAGUUUCGCGCCAAGUUUCCCGCCGAUGGUCCUCCGCGUCGUCUGUGUUGCAGUGCGUUGAGUUCGUAACUACUAAGGUCGUUUAUGGUGGUUUGUGGUCCUUCGACGGGGAUAGCCGCUAAAAUGAGGAUUUCGCAUGCUAGAUUCAAGGUAAAGGGUAUCAGCGUUGCAUGUUGGUUCAGAUUGUAGCCUGGAUAUCGUCCCUCAGCAUCGACCAAGUGGAUGAGCUUCUGUGAAAUCUGUGUUUAAAAUGAUUGUGUGCAUCUACUUCAGUAGAGUGCCGUUGUUGUGAUCCAAAGUGCGUUUGCUAAAAACGAAAGUGCGACAAUUGCUGUGAUUUCGAUUUAGGUUUAAUUAAUAAUAAGGGGAUAAGAUGAGUUCAUAUUUCGCGAACAACUACAUGCCGGACAUGAGAAAUGGCGGUGUAUCGGCGGAACAUCCUCACCAACACCAGCAUUACGGUGCGGCAGUGCAAGUUCCUCAGGGUGGCGGCGCGGUUCAGACGGAUCCUAACGCGUGUGGGGACCCUUCGGUCGUUGGGCUGCGGCAGGGCAUCCCGCCGCAUCACUACGGCGGGCCGCCGGCCGCGGGCCAACCGCCGCAAGGCAUGCCGUACCCGCGAUUUCCUCCCUACGACAGGAUAGAUGUGAGGAACGCUGGGUACUACGGCGCCCAGGCCCAAACUAUGGACGAUGGUGCGCAAGGUUACAGACCCAACAGUCCUAGUAAUAUGCACAUGGGCAACGGCGCGCCCAAUGGACAUCAAACACCUGUGGUUUACGCCAGUUGUAAGCUCCAAGCCGCGUCCGUCAGUCCGAACUGCGUGCUCGGGCCCACGGGCAGCCCGCCACUGGACACGUCGCAGCAGAUGGGCAACCACCAUAUGGGCCACCAUAUGCAGGAGCAGCACCCGCAGCAUCACCAACAGCCGCACCACCAGCAGCAGCACAUGCUCUACGGGGCGCAGCAGAAUGCGAACAUGCAUCCGCAGGCUGCCCACCAACAGGCAGCGAUACCUCAGCCUCAGGGACAACCACCUGCCAACAACACGGCUUCCACCUUACCUAGUCCUCUAUACCCUUGGAUGAGAAGUCAGUUUGAAAGGAAACGAGGACGCCAAACCUACACCAGGUACCAGACGUUAGAGUUGGAGAAGGAGUUCCACUUCAACAGAUACCUAACCAGGAGGCGACGCAUCGAGAUCGCGCAUGCGCUGUGCCUAACCGAGCGACAGAUAAAAAUAUGGUUCCAGAACAGGCGCAUGAAGUGGAAAAAGGAGAACAAAACCAAAGGAGAAGGCGGUUCGGAGGGUGGUGGCGACGAUAUCAGUCCUCAGGGAUCUCCUCAGUAGACGUCUUCUGAACACUAACCAUAUGUACCUAAUUAUACAUUGUAGUCAUUUUCAAAAUGCAUUUACCUCCAGGUCCUUCCAAAUUGUCCCCAAGCAACCGUAUUGACCUCUUCAGAAAGUCUUUGUGUAUAAUAACAUCGAUAUAAGUUAGUUUGUAUAUCGAAAAACGCAUAUGACAGAGCGAUAUUAUAGUUUAUUUAUUUAUGAAAAUGUAGAUAAUAUAAUUUUUAUUAUUAUUAUUUUUUUUUAAUAUUAUUCGCGCGGAAAUUUGAUUUGGACUCAAACGAAUUUUUCAGAGGCCAGUGUCACGUGCAAUCUUAGUGAAGCAGAAAAACUGCCAAAUUCAUCCCCAACCCCCCAGUGUAAAAAUAAUUCAAAAUUUUUCCACUUCGUGGAGGAUUUUUUCGAUUCUAAAAGUGAGAAUCUUCAAGUAAAGGCGAUAACUUUACUCUUUUGUAAAAUGUGUGGAAUCAGUCAAAGGGAGAAUAAAUGAAUGGUUAAGUGAAAGUGUACAAGAAGUAGAUUAUUUACUUAAACUGUAGAUACUUUUAAUGUAUGUAUAUUUGAGUUUAAAUACCAAUAAGUAUAAAGAAACUGUACAUAAAUCCUAUAAUGAAGGAUAUGAAAUAUACGAUAUACAAAAAAGCACUUUCAUGCCAAAGGUAGAGUAAUAUUAUCUUUGUAGAGUUUGUUGAUUACACUUUGGUAAAGGCAAAUUGAAACAGGAUCCAAAAUUCAAAAUUAUAAAAACAUUAAAAUCCAAAAAUAAGUCGAAGAUCUCAAUUUUACACCCAUCAAAAUUAAUAUUCGACUAGUUCCUAUUGUAAAUUCAAUUUCCUUGAGUUUGCCUGUACCAAUUAGGUUCUCCUAUGUAAAUAAACUUCAUUACACCACUCGAUUUGAACUAGAAAUUUUUCAUUUUCUGCAAGAGAGAGACAUAUUUUAUAUACCAUUAUAAUUGGGAAGCAAUUCGAUAAAGUUCGUUGAUUUCUGAAUUGCCAGUGAUAAAUUGAUAACGAAAUACGUAACUAUGCUACAAACUUCAGUAUACGUAAUUUUUAAAAUUAACUAUUUUAUAAAGAGAAAAGAAUAUGUAAAAAGGGUUGGGCAGAUUUAAUAGGUUAGUGAAUUCUUUGUUAACAUUAUAAUCUUUUCUAAAAAUGUACCUAUAGAAUUCUAUUUGAACCCCACUGAAAAAUCGGUUAUCGUACUAUCUUUUCUCGACAAAUAUGAGUUGUAAAUUCAUAAUUAAUAGAAUAAAAGCACAAACAAAACCAUGACUUUUCAGUGAAACGAAAACAAUUAAAAAUUUCGAUGUUAUACGAUUUUUUAUCAGAUCUAUGGAUUUCGACUGUAUAACUCAUAUUUUUCGAAAGUCACGUUAUAUAUUACUCUAAAAUAUGGUCGCGGUACGACUUGCUGUAUAUUUGUACCUAUAUGGAUAAAAUAGAAGAUAGUUCUUUGUGCUGUGGUGUCAACAUUUAGAUUUAGAAUUAUCUGCUGAGUUUGAUGAACCUAACAAAUUCUGAAUUCAGAAUUUCAAAAUCAAUUUCUCAUUUUGUAAUUCUGGAAAAAAUCCUCUCGUUCGAAGAUACUUUUUACCCAGUGGUAUUUUAGUUACAAAUGAAAUUUACUGAUGAAUGCAAAUUCUGGUAAUAUACUUCAAACUUGGAUUUUGUCUUGUGGAUUUCAUCUUAUAUAUAUACCGUACAUAUAUAAUAUAUGUAAAAAUAAAUAUUAUUGUAAAUUGA